ACAAGAUUUGAUGUCAACGUCACAUAAUGAUUACAAUAAAAACAGCGCUUCAGAUAGUUGCACGGUAAAUAAAUUGAUUUGCUAAAUGAUUUUCAGCAGGUAACCAACAAUGGAUGAAUCGUAUCCAGAUUACGAUGACACGUACGGUGGUAAACCACUCAAACUUCGCCCACUGCCUUCAUUUGACCAGAACGGCACAUCGGAACACAAAUCCAAGAAGCGGAAGAAGAAACGCAAGGACAAGAAAUCACCCUGCAAAGCCAACACAGCGACGCAAACCAUCAUCCCCAAGAGAAUCGACUAUAUCCUGGUCUACCCCAAGGAGGACCAAAGUGACUUUAAGGAUGAUGAUGACAUUGAGGAUUUUAAGAAAAGGAAUGAACUGAGGCGGAGAUUCCAUCAUGCAGCCAGGGAACAGGAAGGACUGGAGAUUCGUGAGAGAGACAUGGGAGAGAAGAUUUACGUCUUGAUUCACUGUCCGUUCAGUAGAAUGUGCCAUGAGGCUGAGGACGUUAACUUGGAAAUGCCUCUUGAAGGGGCUGCAAUUCCCAAGAAGGAACCCAGCGGAUGUUUUGACAAACUCAAGGCACUGUUUAUAACAGAUAAUGAAGUUGACUUUAUCAGCGCGCCCUUCGUGGUUCAAAAGAGGGCAGUAUUCAAAGGAAUUGACAAACCAGACACAUUCUUCUCGCCAGCGUUACGUUCACUCCUGGUUCAUAACAUCUUGAUCAACAUUGAUGUGCGAGAGAAGGGAGACAAAGACAGUGACUUCAGGGACUCAAUGAGAAGAAAAGCAAGAUCACGUUUGAGGCCAGGACUUAGCAGAGGUCUGCCAUUCAUGCUGAUGAAGAAGGUUUACACAGACCGCUUCAUCAUGCAUGAGGAGUCUCCUUACGAACUAGAGGAGGAUGAUGAGACGAGAGAGAUACAAAGAACCCUGAGCAGGGAGAGGGGUGACUUUGACCCCACGGCUGACCCCAGAGAGGCAUUACACAGGACCUGGUGCCGAUCCUGGAAAUUUCAACCUCUGUGGAAGAUUCGUAACUACUUUGGAGAGAAGAUUGCCUUCUACUUUGGCUGGGCUGGUGAGAUGGCUAGCCUCCUGUGGCUACCUAUGCUACUAGGCAUCGCUAUCUGGGCGUAUGGUUUAUAUCUCAGCGUCAAGGAUAACAUAGAAUUGAACGAAGGUUUAGCUGAUCUGGCCCAGCAGCGAGAUGACUUGAUUGCUGAACUCAGACAGAACAUCACCUUGUAUAACAGGACUGAAGAUAAGUUACUCUACCAGAACCUGACUGCAGAGGCACAAGAGGAAGAUUCCUUGUUUAGUGGCAUUGCAGAUAAAUCUCUUGAGAUUCUAGAAGUCUUUCAGACGUCCUUUGACUCAGCUGUCACACCGUACUUUGCUCUCGUCAUAUGUCUUUGGGGAACCAUUUUUCAAGAGUCCUGGAAGCGGACGCAUGCUCGCUUGGCCUAUGAAUGGGAUGUUGACACCUACCAUUUUUCCGAGCCAGAUCGCCCGGAAUUUUACGGAACAAAAGAACGAGAGGAUCCUGUUUCAGACCUCCCAGAUUGGUAUUACCCAUUCUACAAGCAGUUCCUCAAGUUCAUGACGUCUUUCGGCAUUCUCAUCUUCAUGGCCCUAUUGGUCAUAGCCAGCGUUCUUGGUGUCAUCAUCUAUCGUGUCAUCAUUGGAGCCUUACUCGCAGACGCCUCUUCUCUGCAGAGAGUCUUAUUAUCCACGGUAGCAGCCACACUCCUUAACUCCAUCUCCAUCAUGAUCUUGGGAAGAGUGUAUGAUUACAUUGCAUACAAGUUGACAGAUUGGGAGAAUCAUCGGACCCAGAGCCAGUAUGACGACGCUCUAAUCCUCAAGCUCUUCGCCUUCCAGUUUGUCAACAGCUACGCCUCUCUCUUCUACAUUGCAUUCUUCAGAGGAUUGACUGCCAAGGAUGGUAUCUUAUACCUUGGUGAGAAAUAUGAAGACAGCUGUGGCGAUGAAAACGUCUGCAUGCCGCUGCUAUCACUACAGGUCUUUGUCCUGAUGAUCGUCAAGCCUUUUCCCAAAUUCCUGAAAGACGUCAUCCUACCUUGGCUCAAGAAACUAUUGAAGAAAUGCUGCUGUGGAGGCAAGAACAAAGUGGCAGACGUUGAAGCCAGCAAGAUGGAGAAAAGUGACUUCAUAAGGAAGGAGGGUAGCAAGCCACAGCUGGGCAACUUCACCCUGGGAGAAUUCACUGAGAAGACCAUCCAAUAUGGAUUCCUCAUGCUGUUCUCUUGUGCCUUACCCCUGGCUCCACUCAUCGCCAUCCUUGUAUUGUUAGUGGAUAUCAGAGUGGAUGCACGACGCAUGUUGUGGAUGAACAGACGACCCAUUGCCUUCAUAGCAGGUGGAAUAGGCAUGUGGUUCAGCAUUCUAGAUUUCCUCAACUUUGCCGGCGUUGUGACCAAUGCUUUCCUGAUUGCCUUCACUGCUCAAUGGUCAAAGGACUUCACUACAGCUGACAGACUCUGGGUCGUCAUUUGCUUUGAGCAUAUUGUGCUAUCAGUCAAGUUCUUCAUUGCUUACAUCAUCCCAGACACUCCUUCAGACAUCACCCUUGCAAAGAGAAGACAACGCUACCAAAUUGCUCAGAUCAUGGACAAGGCAGAGACCCAAGGCCCCAUCCAAAGUAAGGAGGGUGCUAACGUGGUCUUGGCACCCGAUUUGAAAGCCUUUAACUAUUACGAUUGUGCUGUGAAAAACACCGACAGCAACCCUGCCCUUAACUCAGUCAUUACUGACGAUACGUUCUUAACUGCCGAGAGAAAGACAAGCCUAGACGUUGAAGAGAAACUCGGAAAGUUGGAUGAUGGUGCAGUGGGGCACACCCAAGAUCAUUCGGACACCUUGGCACCAAAAUUGAGUUAUGGUGAAGAUGGGACCACCUAUAUCGGACAACCAGAGAAAUUUCCCAACGAAACCAAGAAGAAGAAAAAGAAGAAACUUAAAAAGCGCAAUUCCGAUGAAUCACCCCCACAACUUGACCCCGCCUACCCCCCAGCAACAGACGAUGUUGCAUUGCAUAAUAGUGGGUACCAGCCACCAAAUCAGGCACAACUCUAUGGUUUAGACGGUUACCAGAAUGAUCCAGCGUUAUAUUCUAAUAACGAUCAUGUUCAGUACACACCUCAGGGGCAAAUUGCAGAUUUAGCUUAUCCACCACAAAUGCCCAGUCGUGAUAUGGCAUAUCCACCCUCUACAUAUAAUACACAGGAUAACAUAUUUUUCUAGGAAUGUAGUAUCCCAACUUAUAAUGUUAUUGUAAAUAAUAUAUCCUCUUUGUUGUAAAUUGUUUGAAUAGUGUAUUUAUGUGCCUUAUUUUUUAUGAAGAAGAUACUUCUUUUGUAAGAACAAAAUUCUAUAUUUCUGUCCUUUUUUAAUUGUAUGUAAGUAUUGCUGCAUAGAUCAGGGUUUUUCUAUUUCUAUCAUUUGUCUAUUUCUAAUUAAAUUUCUUUAGACUUGUGUUGGUCGAGGCUUAAAUACUACAAAAAAGACAACAGCAGCAAAUGUAUUUUAGUUUGUAAGUUGUUGCUUUGAUUAAAGGGAAGAUACAACAUUUUCAAACAUCAAAAACAAAAUGAUCAAAUUAUCACGAAAUACCAUACUGAAUUGUUAGGGACUGACAGUCCAAAUCAUCCUUUAAAAUCGUGGC